AUGGCCUCAAAAUCACGAACCCAGAGCGCCUUCCUGGCACCCCCCGCCGACUCCCCACAGGGCUCUACCCAACCACAAACCCCAGCUCUCCCGCGCCGUCAAGCAACUCUCUACGAUGCCAUUGCUGGGCGCAGCACGCAACACGGCCUCAGCCGCACCCCGACUCCCCACGCCAUCGCCCCCGAAACAGUCCUAUUCCAGCGUGCCGCCGCGCCGGACCGACACGAGGAGACGGAUACAUAUUUUGCGUCUGAUAAUGCCGCGGGGAACCUCCCUGACUCGGACCUGUUGAAGGCAUUACAUGUCUAUGCUGCGGACUUUUAUGCCUCGGAGCGAGAAGCAGGGGCCGAUUAUAGGAGUCUCGAUGAGACGGCGCUCUUGGCCCUGGGGGUACUAAUGGAGGAGUUAUGCCGGGACCAACUUGGGGAGGCGGGAGACUUGGUAUUUACUGAGGGAGAGGUGGUGGAAGGGGAAGGGGUUGGGAGGGCAAGAAAUGAGCACGACGCGUCUCCCCACACCACGACUGGAGAAGCCCAGACAUCUGCCAUUCACGAAACCCACACGGCGCCUCGUGACUCCACCUCAGCCACGCGAAACAAGCAGACCAACAGCGAGAGGGUCACGAGCCUGGACCGGUGA